UUCAAUUUAUCGCGUUACUUGACAUCGAAGAGUCAUAUUAGUCGGUUUGUCUGCCGUUGUCGUUGUCGUUGUUGUUGUGGGAUAUAAAUUCGUUUCGUAAAAAAAACUAUCGUACUUAACGUUUUAUAAUGGAAUAAGUUUACUCAGACCGAUUAAAUAAUUCGAUUAAAAUUAAAAACUUAAAUUAAAAUUGAAAACAUAAAACCAUUUUGGCGAACCCGUGGGCAAAAGACUUGCUAAGGCUGAUUUUUGUUUUAAUUGAAUUUGAAUUUUUGUAGUUUUAUCCGAAAAUGCCUGCAAAGGAAACAGAAGAAUCCGAAUCCCAGCCCACCGAUGAUCAAAAUUCAACCGCUGAUGUAGCCAAGCUUAGUACAAAACGAGAUUCCAGUUGGCCAUCGGUUCUCUUCUACAUACAUUUAAACAUUCUUGGUCUGUACGGCAUUAUCGUGCUGUUCACAAACACAUGCUUCACAACUGUGAUAUUUACAUCGUUCCUGACAUUAGUUGGAAUAUUGGGUGUUACAUGCGGUGCUCAUCGAUUGUGGGCACAUCAUGCCUAUACAGCUAAUACAUUCUUAAAAAUAGUUUUAAUGCUGAGCCAAACUAUGGCUGGUCAGGGUUCAAUAUACGAUUGGGUGAAGAAGCACCGAUUACACCAUCAAACAUUUCGAACACCCAACGAUCCAUAUUACAGCGAGAAAGAGUUUCUCGAUGCUCAUGUUUUCACACAAAUCAGAAGUUUAAGUCCGCACCAAGAAGAUAUGCUAAGUCGCAUCAACAUGUCGGAUUUGGAAGAAGAUAAGGUGGUCAUGUUCCAGAAAAGAUUCUACUGGAUACUGUACUUCGUGUUCUUCGUAUUGUUACCAAUUAACGCACCACUUGAGUAUUGGGGUGACUCUGUUCAAGCUGCUAUAUUUGUAGCAUUUUCAUUGCGCUACCUGAUUGUACUGAAUGUAGCAUGGCUUGUCAAUUCAUCUCAUUUUAUCUGGGGACUGGAUAAGAGAUACAAGCCAUCCGAUUCAAAUAUGAUAUUUCUGGUUACUAAGACAAAUUGGCCACAAUACCAUUAUCUACUACCAUGGGAUUAUCAAACUGGGGAGUUCGGAUCUUACGGUACCGGCUGCUCAACCGCAUUCAUUCGAGUAUUUGCUGCUCUAGGCAUUGCUACCAAUUUACAAACAAUGACAUCGGAUGCUGUGAAAACUGGACUCAUCCGAGCCGUUGACACUAAUCGACCAGUUAUUGAUUGUCUUACGGAAGCUGGCCGUGAAGCAUUGGAAAACAUUCCGGAUGAUCACUAUUUGACCAAAGAUAGAUACAAGUAAAAAUUUGUGUCUUGGAAAGCGUACAGAAAUUUUAAAACCAUAAUUUUCGUUUUAUUUAUUGUAAUUUGUAAUUGUUUCCCUCUUUUUUAUGUUUUUGUUAUUCUCAGUUCUCUUUUUUUUUGUUUUUCGUAAUUAAACCACUUUCAACGCCAUAUAAUAGUACUUUGUAAUGUUUAAUAAUCUGAGUAAGGAAUUUUACUUUUACGUCUUAUAAGCUUUUUUUACUUAAGUAAUAAUUGAUUUUGAACAAAAAAUUUGCAAUUUUUAAAAUUAGUUGAUUAUUGGAUAGACUUUGAUAAUCGACAGUUAUGAUUUUUUGAUGUUAUUGGUAUAAAUAAAGGAAAUUGACAGUUUGAUAAA